AUGGCGGACGUGCAACGGCUUCCGGAGGCGGAGCAUGUGCUAAUAGACGAGCUCAGUAUUGGACUUGAUCGGUCAGCCAUCAAUUCCAAAGGACAGAUUCAACUCCCCGAUCAAAAUUCUAGAAGGGAGGAACAUGUGGCUCGCCAGGACACAGGCAGAUAUGCCGAAUCUGAGUCUCCGUCAUCGUCAUCGUCUCACCAUUUCGUCAAUUCGAUCAAACAGCGCAAACAUCAUGCUGCUGUCAAAAUCAGGAAAUCCCUCCACAUCAGCAAGGACUCUGACCUUAUCGAAUCCAACUCGCCGGUACUUGCGAGAGAUACAGAUGAACAGUCUGAUGCACGCCUCAUGAACAGACCACCGGAGCCAGAAAAGCCAACCCUGAAAGAUUUCAUGCACAACCCAGUCGAUGUGGUAAAGACAAAAGUCUCAGGCCAAGGCAGUCAUCAGGUGGCAGCGAAUAUUGCCGCGAAAGAGAUUCCUCAUGGCCAGGACGUUGACAUCGUCAAUGCUUCCCUUGCAGUCGAUAAUGCGCGGACAGACGUGGAGAGGUUGCUUGCCAUAGAGGAUCUGUCCAGGUUGAUGACAGAACGACAAAACACGUACGCUCGAUGGACACUCGAUCGUCAUGUCACUAAGGUCAGAGUAUUACCCCGGGAUACUGUUGUGAGAAAGCCCCGGGAAGCUUUUGAGACAGUAAACGACCAGGAAGGACUUGUCAUAGACUGGAAGGCGUACGGACAGCACCUGGUGGAAUUCUACGCGCAACAAUAUGGAGGGCAGUAUAUUGGUUAUGGCUCCAGUCCACCAAAACCCUCCAAAGAAACAGUGAUGCCCAAUGUUGAGCGGCUACUCGUUGCUACAUCCCCCUUCCAGGAGUUUGGUAUGACGACCAGACGUGUUUACCGAUGGGAAGAACCGGCAGAAACGGCGAAAUACCUGGUGAUAUACCUUACGUUGUGGUUUUUCAACCUGCUCCUUCCGGGCGUGAUUAGUGCCAUUAUGUAUCUCGUGAUUCAGCGUCAUAUCCACGGCAACACUCUGGACGAUCUCCGCGAAGAUAUUAAGCGCCGGGAAGAUGCAGCACUAACGGCUCUCUCGAUCACCGAGCUCGUGGUGAAGAAAGGAGACAAACAGUGGGCUGAUGACCUGCUUGAAGGCCUAGGUCCAUGGGCAAUGAUUCAGCUGGCUGACCUGGCAGAUUUAUUUGAGAGUGUGCGCAACUUCUAUGAAUGGCGCAAACCUUACAGGACGAAAGGCGCACUUGCAGUCAUGGGUGUCGGUGUGUUCAUCACCUCGUUCUUGCCACUUUGGCUAUUGGUCAAAUCUAUGACCUUCGGUGCUGGCUUUACUUUCUUUGCGCUGUUUCCUCUCUCCGCCAAUUUCCCAGAAUACCGACUCCUGGUGUCACCUACCAAACGACUCUUGUGGAACAUACCUACCCAUGCUGAGUGGGCAAUACAAUAUAUCCAAGCUGAAGGCUCCUUGAUCCAAGAUCACACUGCUCCCCAACCACUCAACCCAGCUAUAAAUGGCACCCCGGUCGACAAAGAUGCACAUGACUAUGGCUACUACACUGCACAUCACGAGGGUAAGACAGGCCAGUUGGUCAUCGGCACUCUAUCGAUACGCUUCGUCUCAAACAAGUCACACGACGUGUAUUUCGUACUUCCCUACGAUCAGAUCCAGAGGUUUGAGAAGCAAGACCGGAUUAUGCACAAGGGGGUUCCUGAAAAACUAAAGAGAGACUCGGGGAAGGAUCUGCUGCUUGUUAGCAGAACAGGGCAGGAGUUGGUGCUGAAGGAUAUGGAGCAGAGGGAUGAGGCGUUCUCCCAAAUUGUGGGGUUCAGCAAGGUUGAGUGGCAGGUCGUUUGGUAG